ACCUAUUUUGCCGAAUUUCCAUGGAUGGUUGCCCUACUAACAGUACAAUCCGAUGGCAAGUACCUGUUUCAGUGCGGCGGAUCCUUGAUUACCGAUAAGGCGGUCCUUACAGCUGCCCAUUGCGUAGCUAAAAGUUCAAUGUUUUUUUUCUUGCAAGAUAACUCAAUUUUUUUGUACUAUCUUGUAAAACGUAAAAUGUUUGUUAGUGAAGGACGAUGGGUAGCGCGUAUCGGUCAAUGGAACUUGAGCUAUCAACCCGGUGAUCAACCGUUGCCUUAUCAAACUGUUAACGUAAAAAAUAUAGUGAUUCAUCCUCAGUUUGACCGCGAUGCUUUGCUCAAUGACAUAGCUGUGCUCAUUCUAAAUGAACCUGUUAAACAGAGCAUAAACGUUGUCCCGAUCUGUAUACCACAGCAGGGAUUGAUAUUUCCUGCUGGUACCAGAUGCAUCGGGACUGGUUGGGGCAAAAAUUCUUUUGGUGGCACGUAUCAGACCGAACUACGGAAAGUACAAGUUCCUAUUGUCGAUAGAAACGAUUGCCAAAAUCGUCUUCGAACGACGGCACUUGGACCCAAUUUUCAGCUGCACAGCUCGUUCACGUGUGCAGGUGGUGAAGCAAACAGGGACACGUGUCGCGGAGACGGUGGAGGACCCUUGAUCUGCCCAUCGGCUUCGGGGCAAUUCUUUCAGGCUGGAAUAGUGUCGUGGGGAAUCGGUUGUGGAACUUCGAACAUUCCUGCCGUUUAUACGAACGUAGCGCAAUAUACGCAGUGGAUCGAACAACAAUUGGUAACUUAUGGAGCGUAACAAAUAAAAUAAAUGUAUUUUAUAAAUUAUUUCAUGUAAUC